AUGAAGAGACCUCACGACUACAGCUCCCCAGACUCGGAUACAGACGAGUUCAUUGACGUGGGACAAGAAGACGGCUUUUGCCCAGUCACCGGGUCCAUGUCUCCCGGGAGUGCCUCGCAGGUUCUGGCCCGAAAGAAGAGAAGAGGGAUCAUAGAGAAGAGGCGCAGAGACCGGAUCAACCACAGUCUGUCAGAGCUCCGCAGACUGGUUCCCAGUGCUUUUGAGAAACAGGGCUCGUCCAAGCUGGAGAAAGCGGAGAUCCUGCAGAUGACGGUGGACCACCUCAAACUGCUGCAUGCCAUGGGAGGAAAGGGGUACUUUGAUGCGAGGGCCCUGGCAGUCGACUACAGGACCCUGGGUUUUAGGGAGUGUGUCGGCGAGGUUGUGCGGUACCUCAGCUCCCUUGAGGGCGAGUCCCCGGACCCCAUAGGAGCCCGCCUAGUCUCCCACCUCUCCCACUGUGCAAGCGAGAUUGACCCUCUGCUCUUGCAGUCACCCCCGGCCUCCGCCUUGCACUUUCCUCCUUGGCCGUGGGCAUCCUUCCCCCAGAUCUCCCACGCUUCGCCGGCCUCAGCCUCCCCUCCUUUCCUUGCCGGGCGGAGAGACCUUGCCCUGCUCGGGAGCUACCCCUCACCCGCCUCCCUCCGCCUCGCCCCCCUGGCUGGCUGCCAGCAGGGUGCACCGCCGCUCCUCGGGCCGACAGCCCUGGCCACCGUCCACAGGAUGCCCUCCCUCGCGGCAUCCCCAGCUUUAGCCCCCUCCAGACCUACCCAGCCGUCCCCUCACUGUGCCACCAGGGCCUCGCCUCUUCCUCCCCCCACCCCUUCCUCUUCCUCUCCUUCCUCCUCCUCAACUUCAUCCUCUGCUCAACCCCAAGUCUCCUUCAGGCCCUUCGCACCUCUGGGGUCUUCCACAAUCCAGCGCAGGGGUUUGAACGGAUCGGCCAAGGCGCCUCAGGGAUGGGGGACUGAGAUCGGAGCUUUCUGA